UUUCAAACUCGCCUCGUUCCCGCCCACCUGAAAAAAUCCCUUUUUUUUUUCUUUCAUUUUGAUUUCAAUCUCAAAGCUCUUUGAUUUUGAUAGCGGGGAGCUUGAAUCUGGGAUUGAUUUUGUGUAGAUCUUUGGAUUGGGUGUCCGGAGAGCUCCGAUUUGAUUGGAUUGAAGUGUUUUUUUAGGUUAGGGAUUGAUGAUUAUGUGGGGAUUGUGGAGAUGGAGAAGGGAUUUGAUCGAGUAACUGCUAUGGAGAACGCAAUCACGGUCAAGAAGGAUCGGCACAUUGUCAGCUGGACUCCUGAGGAGGAUGAGCUGCUUCGCCAGCAGGUUUCGAUCUAUGGAGCCGAUGGUUGGACAAGUAUUGCAGCUAAAUUCAAGGACAAGACCAGCCGCCAGUGCAGGAGAAGGUGGUACACUUAUUUGAAUACUGAGUGCAAGAAAGGAGGAUGGUCUGCCGAAGAGGACAUGAUUUUGUGUGAGGCUCAGAGGAUUUUUGGUAACAGAUGGACUGAGAUUGCAAAGGUGGUUUCAGGCAGAACAGAUAAUGCAGUGAAGAACCGUUUCUCUACACUCUGCAAGAAGCGAGCCAAGCUUGAGGCUUCUUUAAAGGAAAAUAAUGGUGUCAACACCAGUACAAAUAAUAAAAGGCUGAUGGUUCAUAAAGACCACAACAUAGGGGUGGAAUCUUCGGCAUCAUCAAAGCAGGAUGGGUAUCCAACCUCAGCUCAUACUGAAAAUAGCAACGCAAAGCAACAAAUUCUAAGGAGACAAGAGAUGAGGCCUCCCCUUGCAGAGAUUGUUCAAAACUGCAACAAUGUUUGCAACUUACCAGUUCAACUUUUGGACAACGGCAAAGCAAAUGAAGCUGUAUCAAAUAACAAAAUACAAGGUUCUUUUCUUAAAAGGGAUGAUCCAAAGAUCACUGCCCUUUUGCAACAAGCAGAAUUGCUCAGCUCCCUGGCAGAAAAAGUCAAUUCUGAAAAUACAAAACAGAGUCUGGAGGAUGCCUGGAAGGAACUCCAAGAUUAUUUGCUUCAGACUGAAGAUAGUGAUUUGUUGAGAAGUAAAAUAUCUGGUAUGGAUACUCUGUUAGAGGACUUCAAAGACUUGAUAGAGGAUCUAAAAAACGAAAAUUAUGAAGGUCAUUCAUCAAUGGGGAAUCCUGAUCUUUGUGAGAGAUCUCUAGUCACCUCUGAAUGCAACGUCGAGUCCACCAAACAUUCAAAUGCUCUGACAAAUGAAAAUCAACAUCAGCAGAAUGAAUUUUCAUCAGAACAUCACGAUUUGAUAGUCAAGCUUCCGCAUGACAAUGCCUCAUGCCCUAUCAUAUCUGCUGAUCAAGAAACAAUAACCAUAACAUCUGCUGAACCACUGAAGGAGAAUUGUGAAAACAUCUCUGUGCUUCCUGGUCCAGAAUUUGCUUCUCCUGUUCAAAUGGUUCCACCUUUCAAUUCUUUUGCAGAGGGCAUUCCAACCCCAAAAUUUUCAACAAGUGAAAGGAAUUUCCUGCUGAAUUUGCUCGAUAUGCCAUCUCCAUCACCCAGCCCCAAUUCCUCCAAGGCCCCAUCCUGCAAAAGGGCUCUUCUCAACAGUCUAGAUCAUUACCAUCCGCCCACUUGAGCAUUUUUCCCCCUCUUUCCCUAUUCAUUUUUUGGUGCUUUGGUUAUUCUCUGUGUGCGCUUGUUUCCAUUACUUUUUCAUGAUUUGCAUACCUUUCUACCUUACUUUUUGUCUAAAGGCCCGCUAGGAUUUGCACAGAUAGAAUUGUGUGUUCUUACUAGCUUUCCAGUGUCCAGUGCUUGAAAAUUGAGACUCAAUGUAUUUUUUCCAUACCUAGAGUCUCAAGCUUUUAGUAAUGUUUGUUUCCGAUUCUUUCUUCUUUCAUGUUAUUCUAUAAUAGUCUCAUUCCACCCUCAAAUCAUUUGUUGUACAUAUACUUCACAAUAUAGUUUCCUCAUAAUGUCAGUAUGAACCCCAUAUUCAACAAAAAAAAAACCGAUAAAGGAUGCGCCAAAUUAGAAGAGGUAUGUAUGUAUCUCUUUUUAUUUUUCCCUUUCAUGUUGUUAUGCAAUCAGUGUCUAUAUAUAGAAUAAGGUUUGAUCUUGGUUUUAGCUAAGUAUUCUUCCCUCCUUGUUGAUGCUUUCUGAGAUUUUAAAAUUCAGUGUGAUGUGUGUAUCUUGUCCUUGCUUUGAGACCUUCUAUUUGUACCAGCUUGUAAAACAUUGUGUUCUGUGUGAGAAUGAAUGGAAAAUGUUGUGCUA